UCGACCCCAUCCAUCAUGAAUGAUGGCAACUCCCUCUGGGGCUUACUUGCCCACCCGACAAUCACCUAUUCUUGAGCCAAUCCCCCAUUACCCCAGCAAUGUCAUCCCAGAAGAGCGGGUCACAUUACGCAUGGCGAUCAUCUUAUCCAAUGGAGUUCGAGUAGACCACCAAUUCACAUUCCCGGCCAUGAACAUCGCCAACUGCAUCAUCCACGGCGAAGGGGAAAUGUACUCGGUAGAAAUAACCCACCGAUGCACCUGCCGCCGUCUAUUGCAUGAGGAGCUCGUCCGGAUGCUUCCCGCGUUCCUACGCGAAAAUGACGUGUAUUGGUUCCGCACCAGGAACCCAGAGACAAACAUUCAGCAUACCUGCUUAUUCGACGGCGCGGAGCUCGAAAUGCAACUCGUGACCUCGCACGUCCCCGAAUGUGGCUUCUGCUUUGCGCGUCGAGCGUUUAUUGCCGAGCGGGAUGCCUUUGACCGGCAGCAGAGCCAGAUGCCUCGGGGAUCGGCAUCGUCGACUUCCCCGCGCGACCAGAGUCUGAGCUCUGGGUGGACGUUCCGUGAGCCGGCCGAUACGGAGCGAUUACGGGUGAAUCGCCAUGGGUGGGAGAUUAUGUUUGUUCUUCAUCCUGAUGCGAGGGAGGGGGCGGUGACUAUCUCGAGGUUGAGGAUGGAAUUGUGUCGGUUGCUGUCCAUUGCGGACCCGAGACGGAUCAUCUUGACGAGUGGGCCAUUCACCUGGGGAGGAGAUUUCCAGGAAGAUGGUAAGGAUUACUACAGUACUUAUUUCGUAAAUGAUCUAAUCGUCGAGUCGCGGAGUAUGAAGACGCCGAGGGGCAGCGCUCUCAUGUAUAACCCUAACCGUCCCCACCGUUGUGUUUACUGCGGCCUCUGCUUCAAGCGAUCAGAACACCUGAAGCGCCAUGUGAGGAGGCACACCAAGGAACGACCUUUCCGUUGUCGAAUAUGUGGGGAGAGCUUUUCCCGAAAGGAAUUGCAUGACCGCCAUCAACGCACCCGCCAUGGAGCGACUGCAAGCAUUCCAUUACCCGAGAUUGUAGAAUCAGACCCAUCUGCAGCUACUCAUCCGAAUUCGUACUCGCCAGGGCAGGUUGAUGCUGUUCAAGGUGACUCGUCCAGUCGACCACCGUUCACCUCCUUCGUCCAGGAGCCGGCGGAACCAGCACUGCACGCUCCUUUAGCGCCGGAGGCACAUCGACAUGAGAACCUUUAUUUGGCGGGGGCUCCGGGUAGUCCUGGAUUCCAGGAGAAUGCGUACUCUGUGAUCUCCGACCGGCGUCGAGACUCUCGACUCCAGACGCCUCUAGGAAGCGAGACUCCUCCGUGGUUGAAAUUACCCAGCGGGCUGGAGUUCGCAUCGCUUCUCUCAGCUCUGAAUAGAUCUCCAUUAUCUACAAGUCUUCCGACACCGCUACGGCUGUGCACACCGCAAAGUGAGGCGAUCUUUGAAAAUGAUCGGAAUGAAACUGCCCGUUUGGGGAUCGAGAAAGCGCUUGAGGGUUUGAGGACUAUCAAUGUCGCCGGGAGCGAAGAAAGUUUCCAUCGCUUCGAGGUCCCUGAGAUGGAUUCCCUCUACCGCUACUGGCACAUGUUCUUCGAGAUACCUCAUAAGAACCUUCCGUUCGCUCAUCCAAAGUCAGAAAUAUAUCAAAUACCAGCCAUCGCAAUUGGUGUGCUUGCCGAUGGUGCCAUGUACUGUGACGAACCCGAGGUCGGCCAAAUGCUGUUUGAGGCCUCACGUCGCAUUGUCGCUCACCACUUGAACACACUUUAUACCCGCGAAAACAAUACUAUACCUAUCUGGAUCUUCACUACGCUCUUGCUGAACUGUGUCUUUGGUCUACCCGGGGGCAAGUCUAGUGAGAGCGACAUUACCCUUGGCAGCCUUGACAGCUUGAUAAACCUUGCGCGAGUUAUCGAAUCCGGCCCGGCAAUGGAUCUGGUCGAUCAGGCAUCCACAAUGGAGGAGAAAUGGAAGAGUUACAUAGAGGGAGAAUCUCAUCGCAGAUCGAUUCUUUGUUUCAUUGUUGUGAGUGGUUUGUGGUCGGUGGCAUACGAGCCAAUCGUCAAUGUCCUGGACUUUCCGUUCAGCCUGAUCGAAUUCCCCUGGUCGGAGACAUUGUGGAAUGCUCGUUCAGCCGUCCAAUGGCAUGCACUCUACCAGAACCCGAGAAGUCGAUCGCCUGGCAGCUGGUCAGAGAAUGUGGAGGCGCUGCUAUUCGGCAAGCCCCAGCCGUUAAACGGCCUGGCCUCUCUUUGUCUCGUAGUCGGGCUUCUACUCUACAUCGAUGGGCUACGACGGGAAGCAGUUCUCGACGUUGUCGAGAUAAACUCAUACCUGCAGCAUGCUCUAGAUCAAUGGUUCCAGAUACAUGACCGAACGAGUAUGGAGAAUCUGGCCCUCAAUCAUCUCUGCUAUCCCGCUGCCUAUUAUCUGCGCAUCUCCCUAGUCGUGGACAUCCGGCAGACAAUGGACCUCAUGCGCAGUAAGCAGUUCGCAGCCAUGCGAAAGGUUCUCCGUGAGGGUGAUUUAGUGCAAGCGGCCGCCUUUGCGCGAGCCGCGAUGAUUCCGUGGGUGAUUAGCCGGCGAAAUCAGACGUCCAUGGUCGCAAUUCCAUGCGGGGUGGUUAUCGCGGAGUGGGCUAUUGACGCGAUGGACAACCAGCCCGAGGAUUCGCCUCAACGUGAAGUGCUUCGGGGGUUUGAAAACUCGAUCCGCGAAUAUUGGCCUGUAGCACCCUUUGUGACUGCUGUAGAUGUCUGGAGGGCAGUUCGGAGAAUUAUUGCUAAUGGACCAGUUACAACGGCUUUAACGCGGAGUAUGGAUGCAUACGAGAUGUCUCUAGCAUUAGCUUAGAUCAAGGGAU